AUGACCGCAGAUGACGAAGAUUCUAAUGGAUCUGUUCACAACCUCGCCAAUGGCAAGAUCGACGACUACAGGCAUCUCCUUGGAUCUGCAGAGGACACGCCGGCCUGGAGUGCAGAGUCUCCUACCGACUCAGUCAACAAUGACACUCGACCCCCCUCGCUGAGGCAGUCUUCCCUCUCCCACCCUCGACCCGAUGGCACUCCCCGAACGACGAACCGAGUGCGGUUCGACAUCGACGAGUCAUCGAAUACCCAAGCUCGAGAAGACUGGGUUGAAGAGGAGGAUUACCUCACUUCUCCCUCCCAGCAUGCUCCUCUAUUGACAGACAUCACUCCCCCAACCGAGUCUCCCUUUCUCUCCGAAUCCUUCCAGCCAGAAGACCACUUGCCCGAUGCUAGGCCUAAGAGUGGAAUGCGCAGUGCGUUUAUGAACAUGGCCAAUUCGAUCAUUGGGGCGGGGAUUAUAGGCCAGCCGUAUGCAUUUCGGCAAGCUGGCAUGACCAUGGGAAUAAUACUGCUGGUAUCGCUGACAGUCACGGUGGACUGGACGAUUCGUCUGAUCGUCAUCAACAGCAAACUGUCGGGAGCGGAUUCCUUUCAGGCGACCAUGCAGCAUUGCUUUGGGUCCAGUGGGUUGGUCGCCAUUUCGGUUGCACAGUGGGCGUUCGCAUUUGGCGGCAUGAUUGCUUUUUGUAUAAUUGUUGGAGACACCAUCCCGCAUGUUAUCGAAGCGUUGAUUCCCGGACUGAGGGAUAUCCCAUUUCUAUGGCUUCUGACCGACCGAAGAGCCGUCAUAGUCCUUUUCAUUCUGACUAUCAGCUGGCCGUUGAGUCUUUAUAGGGAUAUCGCAAAGCUCGCAAAAGCAUCUACACUGGCGUUGAUCAGCAUGAUGAUCAUCAUUGUGACGGUUGUCACACAGGGAGCCAUAGUCGAUUCGGAACUGCGGGGGAGUCUGAAAGGGCUGCUCUUCGUCAAUGAUGGAUUUUUUCAGGCCGUUGGAGUGAUUUCGUUUGACCGAUUUUCCACUGUGACCCAUUACAGCACCUUCAUCUCCCUGAUUGCCUGCCUAGUCAUGGCUCUAGCAGGGUUUCUCACGUUUGGUGACAAGACCAAGGGCAACGUCUUGAACAAUUUCCCGUCGCAGGGGCAUGUGGUGGUUCAGAUUGCCCGAUUGUGUUUUGGGCUCAACAUGCUCACCACCCUUCCCCUCGAGUGUUUUGUUUGCAGAGAAGUCAUGAACAACUAUUGGUUUCCAGAGGAGCCCUACCAACCCAACCGACAUUUGAUCUUUAGCAGCGCCCUUGUGGUCAGUGCCAUGGCCAUCAGCUUGAUCACGUGUGACCUGGGGGCCGUUUUCGAACUGAUCGGGGCGACGAGUGCGUGUGCGCUGGCUUACAUUCUACCGCCGUUGUGUUAUAUCAAGCUCAGCACUAGAAGCUGGAAGACGAUACCAGCCGUGGCCUGCAUUGUGUUUGGAUUUGCGGUCAUGGGUGUGAGUUUGGUGCUGGCCAUGAAGAAGAUGAUCAAAAGUGGGUGUUCAUUUGGUACCGUCAAGGUUCACAUUGCUGACUAG